GCCCCUUCCGGCGGGGAAGAAACAACAAUAACGAAUCUUAGGUAUUGAGAAACAGUUUUCUUUUCUCACAAUAUCACACCUAAGUGAAUUCUAAAGGUGGAUUUUAUAGCAGUUUGCUUUGGCCUGAUUUUUGCCUUGUCCCCAGUUAGGCAUACUAACGUUAUACACUAACUUCCACCAUGAAACGAAUCAUCAUUUUGGUGGGAGAACCAGCACAAACAUCAAAAAUACACCCAAGAGCAAGGACAGAAGAGGCAUUUGAAGAGCCGCAGUGUUUCUGUACUAUGAAGAGGAAAAGGCUUGAAUAAAGACAGGAGAUGGAAGGUGCAGAACACAAGUCUGUGUGCGCCGUGUGUCGCUGUCAGUGAGGCCGCUCAAUGCCCAGAAGUGUACAAAGAGGUUCCUGUACCGUGUUCUCCUCACAAUAGGUGAUCCUGUGUGGCGGAUCUUCCCUUUCAGGGCCAUGUGAAAAAAGAUGAAAGGAAGCAAGUUUGGAGACCGUCCAUCUAUACGCAUGAGAUGUCACAGGACUACAGGAGACACAAUGGUUGAGGAACAAAUGAAUAUCCUCACUAAGAUCACCAAAUGCAGGUUGGAAAGGCGUUUGUGAGGCAAAACAGCUUCUACAAAUGUGUGAUAAAUACAGAGGAAACAGACCUGGAUUCUGUGGAUGUGUUUGAGUUGGCUUUCAAAGGGAAGGUUUCUGCCAUUGACAACCUGAUCCAGAAAAGUCCAGAACAACUAAGCUUCAGGGAUGAGAAUGGAGCUUGCCCACUGCACUAUGCCUCAGCCGGAGGAAACGUGGAUAUAAUUCAGCUUAUUGUUUCUACUGUGGGUCCUGAGGAGCUGAAUGUACAGGAUGAGCAGGGCAGAACUCCUCUGCACUGGGCUGUGGAGAAGGAUCAACAGCAGAGCUGCGAAUUACUGCUGGAGUUGGGUGCUGACCCCAACAUCCUCAACAGCGCCAUGAUGGGCCUUCUGCAUCUGGCUGUCACAAAAAGAUACAAUCAUCUUGUAGAGGUCCUUCUGUCCUGUGACAGAACAGAUGUCAAUCUGGAGGGUGAUCUAGGAAACACCCCUGCGAUGCUGGCCUGCAGCAAUAAUAAUUGCCAAGCUCUCCAUUCUCUUUUCAAACAUGGUGCCAAGAUGUGCAUUCAGAACAAACUGGGACACUAUGCCAUCCAUACAGUUGCUUUUGCAGGUGCCAAAGAGGCCAUGGAGCUGGUUUUGAAAAUUGGAGAAGAGCUGGGUAUUUCCACUUCAGUGCACAUUAAUUAUUUGGAUAAAACCAAAAGCAGCCCCCUCCAUCUAGCUGUACGUGGGGGCAACAUUGAGGUGAUCAAACUUUGCAUCAUUAAAGGAGCCAGAGUGGAUCAGCAACAGUGUGACAAAUCCACAGCCCUCCACUUUGCCUGCACUCAGGGUGCUCUGGAUGCCGUCAAAAUCAUGCUUUCCUCUUACAACAGAGUGGAAGACAUCAUCAACAUCAGGGAUGGAGCCAAUCAGACCCCCUUACAUAGAGCCACAUUGUUUGAUCAUGUCGAGUUGGCUGAAUAUCUUAUUUCAAAGGGAGCAGAAAUUGACUGCAUUGACUGUAAGGGACUGUCUCCACUGCUGAUGGCCUCCAACUGCGGUGCUUGGAAAACUGUUGCAUUUUUACUGUCAAUUGGUGCUGAUUUCAAAAUCAAAGACAAAGCAGGUCGAAACUUCCUCCACUUUGUCAUUCUUCAGCCAAAAGGGCUGAAAAAUCUUCCUGACACAGUCUUGCAGUGUAGUGCCGUGAAGGAGAUGUUGUCUGAUGAGGAUGUUGAAGGCUGCACUCCUCUGCACUACGCCUGCAAACUUGGCAUUCACGAUUCGGUCAAAAAUAUGCUGGGUCUCAAUAUCUUCUUGGGUCAAAAGUCACGGGAGAAGAAAUCAGCGCUUCACUUCGCUGCAGAAUAUGGGCGUUUAAACACAUGCCACAGGCUGCUGGAUUCCCUCACGGACUCCAAAAUGCUGAACGAUUGGGACGAAAAGGGCCUGACGCCCCUCCAUCUUGCUUCAAAGGCAGGACACGCACAAGUAGUAGAACUGCUGCUUCGGAGAGGAGCGCUGUUUCAGAGUGAUUACAAAGGCUGGUCCUGUUUACAUCAUGCUGCGGCUGAGGGAUACACACAGACAAUGAAAAUCCUCCUCGCAGCCAAUGUCAAACUACUGGACGGAACAAAUGAAGACGGGAACACAGCCCUUCACAUUGCUGCACAAGUGGGACAUGUAGGUGCUGUUUUGCUGUUAUUGGACAGAGGAGCUGAAAUCACUCUCAACAAUGCUGACAACUCUUUUAUGCAUGAAGCUGUGCGGAAUGAGAAAAAAGAUGUAGUGAACGCCACCAUCGAAAGUGAGAGUAAGCCAAUGGUUGACAAAGAUAUGUUAAUGCACUGCAGGUGUGUUGAGGCAUUAACAUCAUUUAAAAGAACAUCCCGCUGUGUCGUGAUGGACAUCAUAGAGUUCCUCCCAGAGUCUUUCAAGCACCUUCUGGACAGGUGUAUUAAAGAGUCUGAUCACGACGCCAACAGUCCGGAUUAUCAUAUCAAGUACGAUUUUCGGUGGCUUCAAGCUCCUUUACAGUUGAAGAAGUUUGCUAAAACAGAUAAAACAAUGAAGUUCCAACCAUUGGCAGCCAUGAAUGCAAUGGUGCGGUACAACCGUCUGGAACUCCUCACUCACCCCGUGAGCCGAAAAUACCUGGAGAUGAAGUGGAAGGCAUAUGGAAGCAAGGUUCAUUUGCUCAACCUGGCUGUCUACCUGCUUGGCUUGUUGCCCCUCACAUACCUCAUCCUCAAUCUGAGACCUAGCCAGAACAUUUCUGCCAAUGGCACAUCUGUCAUCAUGGUGCCCGUAUCUUUUAGUGAGCAAAAAUGUUUAAUCUCAGUCUGUAUAAUCAUGGUGCUCGUCUUGAAUGUGUAUUCCAUUUGCAAAGAGUUGGUGCAGUUGGCUCAGCAGCGGAUAUAUUACUUCACUGACUUCUCUAACCCUGCUGACUGGAGUGCAGCUAUUAGCUCUUUAGUCUUUGUCAUUCCCAUGUGUUUCAAUGUAGACAACACAUGGCAAUGGCAGGCUGGAGCUUUUGCCAUUUUGACUUCAUGGAUCGGCUUCCUGCUCUACUUCCAGAGGUUUGAGCGAAUUGGAAUUUACGUCGUGAUGUUUGGUGGAAUCGUCAGGACCCUGGUGUGCAUCAUGGUUCUUUUCAUCUUCCUUUUGCUGGCAUUCGGAUUGUCCUUCUACGCUUUGAUGCUUCACCGGGCUGAGUUCAGCUCCAUCGGCCUUGCCCUAGCCCAGACGUUUGUGAUGACAGUGGGAGAGUUGAACUACCAGAGUACAUUUCUGAACACUUAUGAAGAAGGCCACAUGGCAUUCCCUGUGGUCACCUAUUGCGUGUUUGUGUUAUUUGUGCUUCUCAUGCCUAUUCUUCUCAUGAAUCUAAUGAUUGGUUUGGCAGUAGGAGACAUUGCAGAGGUACAGAGAAAUGCAGAGUUGAAACGGAUAGCCAUGCAGAUAGAUCUUCACACUGCCCUUGAGGAGAAACUACCUUACUGGUUCCUGAAGCGAGUGGACAAACCAACUAUUACCAUCUAUCCCAAUAACUGCAAGAAAGUGCUGAUGCAGGUCUUCCUUGAUGGUGAGAUCCAGAACACAGUUCGCACCCGUCUGAACCUCUGCUCACGGCAGGGAGGGCAUCUAGAGAGAGAGCUGCACAAGCAGAAGAACAGGAUGAAAACGAUGUCCUGUAUGCUGGAGAAACAGCAUAACCUGCUCAAGCUGAUCAUCCAGAAGAUGGAAAUCACUUCUGAGGCUGAUGAAUAUGACGGCCCACAGAACCCUAGAGCUCUGAAACAGCCCACUUUUUCCUCAUCUCAGAAGUCAAAGUGGGUUCCACUGAUGCAAGCUAUUAGGGCAAAGAAAUAAUUUUAGAGAUGAUAACAUCAUAAUGUAAACAUAAGCCAAAUACUCAGCCAUCGUUACUUAUAUUGACUGUUUUGAUGUUAGUUUUAGUUUUUCUUCCCAUAUGAUUAAGUGUAUGUGUAAUCAUGGGAUCAUAUGUAUUUGGUAGGUUGCACUGAUGAAUAUAUUAACCCAUUUAAAGUUUGUACUGAACUCAGAAAAGAAGUGUUUGAAUAAUAUCCAAUGCUUUAAUACAUAAUGAAGUUCUUAUAGCUCCAGUACUGAAGAUGAUGUGGUUUGAGAAAAGCAUUUGGAAUUAAUGUGAUAACAAACCCCUAAAGCAAACUUAAAGACUUCAAACUCUGUGAUGCAUCACAUAGAGAUUUAUCACACCGAAUGGUCCACAUUUGUAGAAGAAUUAGCAUGUAAAUUUCAUCUGGCCUUGUGCCUGGACACUUUGUCAUGUCACUGAUUUCAAAGUAGUUCUGCCAAAGGAGAGCACAAGUGUGUAACCCUCAUUAUUUGGAUCUGUUUGAGCUCCCUUUUUAGAGUAUCCACCAUUAUAUCAUGAUGAUAUUCCCAUGAAAGCUGCAUUACAUAAAACCAUCCUGUUGAUCACAUUGUCAAUGGUGAUUUCACAGACUUAAGCAAAAGUCACUCAUGUUGGGAGUAGAUUAAGACACGCACCUGCAUGGCCAGAUCACUGUAAAAAUCACUUUGUGAUUUAGCAUGCACAUUGUGAGAUGUAGUAAAUUUGAUGACAAGGAUCACAAUAUCCAGAUGGAAUGGAUUUGCUUUAGAUUUGGUCACUUGAAGCAAUACUAAACUGAUAUCUUUACUGCUGUUGAGCUUUAAGCAUGAACAAAAAAAAAAAAAAAAGAAAUAAUACAUGAAAUGCUACAAAUAUACUGUGUUCAAGCCAACCAGAGUCUUUUGAGUCUUAAAGAACCCCUAUAAUGCUUUUUCGAAUAUUACCUUUCAUGCAAUGUGUAAUGUAGCUGUCUGUGAAUGUAAACGAUCUGCAAAGUUGUGAAACCAAAAGUGCACGAUAAAUAAAGUUAUUGUCUCUCAAAAGAAAGAAUUGACUCUAAACAGCCUAAACGAGUCG